AUGAAGGAGCUCAGACCUUACUAUGAUCCAGACACCUUCGACGGCGAUUAUCUAGUUAUCUAUCGUCCAGGCACUGGUGUUCUCUACGAGAAUGGAAAAACCAUUUCAGAGACCUUAUCUUCAAACGCUUAUAGCAACAACAAUACUCAUAGCAAUAUAUUUGGGAAUAAUUUGAUUCGAAACCUUUAUCAUGAUUUAGAAUUACAUGAUUUAUUUGAUCUAAAUAACUUUAAAGAUAUUUUCAAGAACAUCUUGAAUUCUUUGUUUAAAAAUUAUCUAAAAAUUUGUAUUUCGCAACCUUUUGAAGUUGUUCGAUUAUUGCUACAAAUUGGUUAUUUUCACACAAGUCAAUUUAAUGAUAGCAGGCUAUCCCCAUUUGAGAGACAGCAAAAAAAAUUAAACCAAACUCAUAAGGACAAAAAUGAUUUAAGCAUUGAUUCGAAUAAUAAUCUAAAUAACAGUAUUUAUGCCAAUUCCGAUAGAGAAGAUGAAAUGGACUAUUUUUUUUCCAACACAACAAAUCCUUACCAUAAUGAUGAUAGCAAUUAUGAUUUAAAACCUAAAAAUAAAAACCAUUUACAACCUUUGUCGUUGAAUACGAUUGAUAUAAUGUCAUCAAUAUUAUCGUUUGAAGGAACUAGAGGAUUGUGGAGAGCGACUAAUAGCACUUUUUUAUACAAUACGUUAUUUACGUUUUUAGAAGCAUGGUUAUCAGGAUUCUUGUCACCGUUUUUGAAUAUUCCUGAUCCAUUUUUCAUUGAUGCAACUCAGUCUCCCUCUCCUUUGAAUACAUUUUUGUUAUCAUUAUUUGUAUCGGUAUCUACCUCGUUUAUCUUAUCUCCAUUGGAUUUAAUUAAGACUAAGUUUAUUAUAACAUCAAUAAAUAAUUCUAAUCGAAAUUUUAAGAACAUUAUAUCAUAUCAGUUUAGUUCGAUAAUUUCAUCAUCAUCAAAUUCCGAGGAUAGUUUUAAAAUACUUAAUUUAAUCAAGUUGGUCAAGUUUUUCUUACCACCAUUAACAUUAGUUUUACCGAUUUUUUUGAAUUCGUUUACGAGCAAUUUUUUAAAGAAAUUUACACCAUAUUUUUUAUUUAUCAAGUUUGGUAUAGACAAUUAUAAUUCGCCUAUAUUAUUUGAAAUGUUGAAUUUAUUAUCAGAGAUUGUUGAAUUGUUUAUUAAAUUGCCAUUUGAGACGUUAUUACGAAGAAGUCAAGUUAGCUAUUUGAUUAAUUAUAAAGGCGAAGAUCAAAAGAAACUUGAGGAAAAUUCAUUAAAGGUUGAUGAGAAUACAAUGAUCGUGAAGUUUGCGGGAUAUAAUGGAAUAUUCAAGACAUUAUUCGAUAUUUAUUAUUUGAGAGAUAAUGAAAACAAUGGAUUUGAUGGGCUCUGCAGAGGAUGGAGAAUUGGGUUAUUGAAGAUCUUUGCAGGAUGGGGAUUUCGAAUGAGCAAUAAUCCUGAGCUGAGUUUUGUCGAAGAGAAGUUUUGA